GCGACAGACAAUAUAAAAUGGAGCUAUUCGGACUGCUUUGGGGAAUUUUUGUAUUUCAAGAAUGUGCACACGCUGUAUUACAAAACGGAUUCGCUUUCAAGACGUCCAUAUGCGAGGGUAAAAACGGCGAACUUUUGCCCAUGUUUGGAACUUGCAAAGGAUACUAUGUGUGUGCAGAUGGAAGUGCUGUGAUCGGGACUUGCAUAGGGAAUACCUUGUUUAAUCCAUUAACUUUGCAUUGCGAAGAGGCCGAUAAUGUGGAUUGCAUUUUCGAUGGCAAGGUCAGUGCAAGUGAAGAUGGGUCCGGUUCAGAAAGCGAUGAGGACGACGAGGAAGUGAUCUUUAAAACUGAUCCUUCGCUUACUGUCAAACCAGUGAAAAAGAAACGGCCUACGGCCCAAGUCACAGGGCCUGCGGAUUUAUUAAAUAGAAUGUGUACUGGCAAGAAGGAUGGCGUGAUGCUCACGAAAAAGGGAUCCUGUGGGGAAUACUAUGUUUGCAUGGCCAAGAAACCCCAUCUUCACUCAUGUCCAGGUCGACAGCACUUUAGUCCAAGUCACCGAAUUUGCAUGAAGGCUUCAGAGGCCAAGUGUUUAGUUGGUCCACAGAAAACCAAACAAUUAGACGAACCUGCCACAACAGGAGGAGUUUGUUCAGAUGAUAAACAAAACUCACUCGUAGCCCAUCGAUCGGAUUGUGGCAAGUUCAUGCUCUGCAGCAACAUGAUGUUCCUGGUGAUGGAUUGCCCCACGGGCCUGCAUUUCAAUACCGCUUCCUCACGAUGCGACUAUCCCAAGAUUUCCAAGUGUCAGACCAAGCUAAAGGAGACCAAGAUAAAGGAGACCAAGAGCAAAAGGAAAUCAAAGUCGAAAAAGAAUAUUCACAAGGUCAAAUCCCGUCCGUUGUAA